AAGAAUAUUAUACGACUUAAACUAAUAAGAUUUUCGCACUUGUGCCAGCGCUAUCGCUGGAAAAAAAAAUUUACUCAAUUUUGAGUUGUCCCACUUUAGCUCAGAUUUGUGUGAAUUUUCUGACCGUGCAGCUAAGAGUUGUGUGCUUAGCUGGUAGUGCAGCCUGGGCACUGUUGUCCUUCUGACUUCUGCUAGAUUGAGGAGGUACGAUCCGAGUGUCUGUUCACCAAGGAGGUGCGGCUCAAACAGCGCUCGUCUGGCAUCCAGCGGCUGAGUAAGAAACGCUGCACCACGCCCAGCUAGAUCCAAGGUGGUAGCCCCAUCAGCGUGGUCGUCCCAGUGUUGGUUGGGACGUUAAACAGAACUGGCACGAUGGCCCUCCGGCGAGACAGGAGUGUUGGCGUAGGCCCAAUAAGCCACCCGUAAAAAUCCCCAUUGCGAAUAACAUAGGAGAAAAUACGACUCCAUACAAUCGGCAAAGACCCACGCGACGAAAUAAGGAUUACGAUUGGAAACUUGGAACAUGGAAUUGCAAGUCACUAGGUUUCGCAGGAUGUGACAGGAUAAUCUACGACGAACUACAUCCCCGCAACUUCGACAUCGUGGCGUUGCAGGAAUUUUGUUGGACUGGACAGAAAGUGUGGAAAAGCGGGCAUCGAGCGGCUACCUUCUACCAAAGCUGUGGCACCACCAAUGAACUGGGAACAGGAUUUAUAGUGUUGGGCAAGAUGCGACAACGUGUGAUCGGGUGGCAGCCGAUCAACGCAAGGAUGUGCAUGUUGAGAUUUAAGGGCCGUUUCUUCAACUACAGCAUCAUCAACGUCCACUGCCCACACGAAGGUCUCCGAUGACGAGAAAGAAGCGUUCUACGCGCAGUUAGAGCAAACAUAUACGAUGGUUGCUCGCCGCGUGACGUGAAAAUCGUUGUCGGCGACAUGAACGCGCAGGUAGGAAGGGAAGAAAUGUACAGACCGGUAAUCGGGCGAAACAGCCUGCACGCCGUAUCGAAUGAUAACGGCCAGCGAUGCGUAAACUUUGCAGCCUCCCGUGGUAUGGUAGUUCGAAGCACCUUCUUCCCCCUCAAAGAUAUCCACAAAGCCACCUGGAGAUCACCCGACCAUCAAACAGAAAACCAAAUCGACCACGUUCUAAUCGACGGUAAAUUCUUCUCAGAUAUAACCAACGUCCGCACAUACCGCAGUGCGAAUAUAGAUUCGGAUCACUACUUAGUCACUGUAUGCAUGCGCUCAAAACUUUCGACAGUUAUCAUCACGCGUCGAAGUCGAACGCCGCGGCUCAACAUCGAGCAUAUUCGUAACGUAGAAGUGGCUCAAGACUACGCGCAGCAGUUAGCAGUGGCCCUACCAACGGAAGAGCAGCUUGGCGCAGCUACACUUGAAGAUGGCUGGAGGGACAUCCGAUCCGCCAUAGGUAGUACCUCGGCUACAGCACUAGGCUUCGCGACUCCGAAUCACAGAAACGACUGGUACGACGGCGAAUGUGAACAGUUGAAAAACGAGAAGAAUGCAGUAUGGGCGAGAAUGCUGCAACACCGUACGAGAGCGAAUGAGACACGUUACAAACAGACGCGGAACAGGCAGAACUCAGUCUUCCGGAUGAAGAAGCGCCAGCAGGAAGAACGAGAUCGCGAAGCGAUGGAAAAGCUGUACCGCGCUAAGGACACACGAAAGUUCUACGAGAAGCUGAACCGCUCGCGCAGAGGCUUUGUGCCACAAGCCGACAUGUGCCGAGAUAAUCACGGGAAUAUUCUCACGAGCGAGCGUGAGGUGGUCGAGAGGUGGCGGCAGCAUUACGAUGAGCACCUCAAUGGCGACGUUGCAAGUACCGAAGGUGGCGUGGUAACAGAUCUAGGAGUAUGUGCACAGGACGAAAGACUUCCGGCCCCUGACCUUCAAGAGAUUGAGGAGGAGGUUGGCCGGUUGAAAAACAACAAAGCCGCUGGAGCAGAUCAACUACCAAGCGAGCUUCUAAAAUACGGUGGAGAAGCACUGAUGAGAGCACUACACUGGGUCAUUACCAAGAUUUGGGAGGAGGAAGUAUUAUCGGAGGAAUGGAUGGAAGGUAUCGUGUGUCCCAUCUACAAAAAGGGCGACAAGUUGGAUUGCGGGAACUACCGCGCGAUCACACUACUGAGCGCUGCCUACAAGAUACGUACGAGCUGCAUCAGCUGCUGAGAGAACCAACCAUCGUCCAUACCGCGAAAAUCGGGAGGCUACGGUGGGCGGGUCACGUCAUCAGGAUGUCGGAUAGCAACCCGACUAAAAUGGUUCUCGAGAGUCAUCCGACCGGUACAAGAAGACGUGGAGCGCAGCGAGCUAGGUGGGUCGACCAAGUGGAGGACGAUCUGCGGACCCUACGCAGAGUGCGGAACUGGAGGCAAACAGCCAUGGACCGAGUGGAAUGGAGGCGGCUACUAUGUACAGCAGAGGCCACCCUGGCCUUAGCCUGACCGGUAAGGUAAGGUAAGUACGGUAAGUAUUCAACUGUCGAUGAGUGUCGACGUAACUUGUUAAUGGUACUUUAGAAACUGAAUGACCAUAACGUGAGCAUUAAUGUUCUAAAAUUGAGCUUUUUCAAAAGCGAAAUCGAUUAUGUUGGGUAUUUCAUCACGUCUGAUGGUUUUCGCCCUAGUGAAUCAAAGGUGAGAGCUAUUUUGGACGCUCCUCCCCGCAAAACGUGUCUUUGCUCCAAGCAUACCUUGGACUGUUAAGGAGAAACUUCAGAGAAUACAAAUAUGCCUGCCACAAUGGCCGACUUGGACCCCUACUUACGUUUUCAAGAGCACAAACACGGAGACAAAUUUCGUUCGUUUGAAACAAAAAUAUUCAUGUUUAUUCGGCAAACUGAUAAAAUAUUUAAAGCUAAAAUAUUAUUUUUUAAAACAAACUCAAUUACAUAUUGAUUUCUACAAUACCCAUUGAAGAGCCCCCCGUUCCGCCGUCGAGAACAUAAACAAAACUCUCAAGUUCCAGCUGCAUCACCAAACAUCCAACAUUGAUUUCGGGAGCGUAUGUUGUCUACAUGAUGUUGACAUUGAAAGUACCACGCGGGAAGUGGAUUUUCCUAGAGAAGGAAAUAAUUUUGCAAAUUUAAUUGGAAAACAAAUAUUUCCGUAGGGCCGACCUGCCACAAAAAAAAAAACAAAAAAAUUUACAUUUGUUUCUAACAUAACCAGUCAGAAGAUAUAUGUUUGUUUCAAAAAUGGAUUGAAUUUGCUUCAAAUGUGACGUUCGAUUUGUUCCAAACAGGAAUAUUUAUUUAUUUAUUUGCAACGUCUUCAACAAUAAGUUGUACAGACUGACUUAUAUCUAACACUUAAAUUACUAACAAAACAAUGUAAACGCAUUUACAACAUCUGUAGAAAACAUAACAUUAACAUAAUCACAAUUGAAGCGCUAUGGAAUUAUAUAAAACACAUUUAAUUACAAUGAAACCAAAAAAAAUAGCAACACUUCUUUACGGUUUCCAAACUAUCCGUUGUCGACGACGAAACACCCGACAUUUAAUUCCAUCAGGCCAAGUUGAAGGGCGUAGAGCAACAUCUUUCCAUUUUUCUUUUAAAACGACUUGGAAUGAAAUGUAGUCCAG